ACGUAUGCGCAGGUUACGCCUGUAAACAUAAAAGCAAAAUACGAGUUUUUAAAAUGCAGGCAGCCGGCGCAAAUAUACGCGUGCCGCUGCAACGAUUUGGAUUGCUGUCUCGUGGUCUGCUUGCCACACGCAACUUUGCAGAUGCGGCAACCACACAAGAUGUGAAACCGAAAGCGCCAACAGCAACACAAAUUCCACCAACUUAUUCGAAAUCGUCUCUUAAGAUGAGCGGCUGGCAGCUGCAUAGUUAUGGCGACAUCGAUGAGUUGCAGUUCUCUGAAAAACUCAAGUUACCCCAAAUCCGCAACUCCGGUGAUUGCCUGGUGCGAGUGCGUACCACAGCCGUUAAUCCCAUCGAUAUAGCCAUGCUACGCGGCUAUGGAUCGACGCUGCUGAACAAAAUGCGCUGCGAUCCCUGCGAUGAUAUUGAAUUCCCCUUGACGCUGGGUCGUGAAUUUUGCGGCGAACUGGUUCAAAUGGGCAUGGGCCCAUGUAAGGGGGAACUGAAGCUGGGCACGCGGGUGUGGGGUGUGGUUCCCCUAUCAAAUGCCAAUGGCGCUCAUGCUGAAUACGUUGUGGUGCCCGCGUCCUGUCUCGGUCCGGCUCCUAAGGAACUGGAUGUCAGCGAGGCAGCCAGUGUGCUCUAUGCCGGAUUGACUGCCUGGUCGGGCAUAUAUAUAAGUGGCGGCUUGGGUGGUCCCUGUGGCGCCACAACAUCAGCCGGUGGUGGUGCAAAUAAACGUGUUCUGGUUCUUGGAGGAUCGGGUGGCGUUGGCACACUGGCCAUCCAGAUACUCAAGUCUCAGGGCGCCCAAGUGCUGGCCACGUGCAGCGAGAACGCUGUGGAGAUGGUGCGUUGUCUGGGCGCCGAUUGCGUUGUUGACUACACGAAUCCCGUUGACAUGGAACAGCUAUCGAGCUAUGCGCCAUACGACAUGGUCUUGGAUUGCGCCGGGCAGGGCGGUCAGCAGGCGGCUGAUUUGCCUUACGAUUUCCGGCAGUACAUCACAUUCUCGUCACCGCUGCUGGCUAACAUUGACAAGCAGGGAUUGGGCUUGGGUGCCCUGCAAAAUGUCGCCGACCUGCUAAGGACGAAUGUGAGAGCAGUUAGCCAGCGUGGAGGAUUGGUCAAAUGGGGAUACUUCCUACCAGCGGCGCAUGGCAUUCAGUUCCUGCAGCGUCUCGUCGAGCGUCGUAAGCUAAUACCGCAGAUCGACAGUAGCUUCGAUUUCAAGGAUUUGCCGAAAGCCUUCGAGCGCUUAAGAUGCGGUCAUAUGCGCGGCAAAAUUGUGGUGAAGCUUUAAGACUGUAUUUUAUUGUUGCUCCGGGUGCUAUUGUGCAUAUUUAAUAUUUUAAGUCGAAUUCUUGAAAAUAAUGAUUCUUAUAUAUUAAUCACUCUUA